ACCAGCAGAGCAGACUCCUUACUGUGCUUGUGCUACUUGUUGUGUCUCUAAAUGGACCGCAUAUUGGCCAACAGGGAUUGGAAACUAUCGCAAAGUAGUUUGAUUUGAGAGUUUCUGUCAGUUUAGAUUUCUUAAAGUCAGUUGUGUUUCCUGAGCCAGAGGGUCUACUUUAGUAGUUGCAAACUAAGCUGAAAAUGGAGCCUUUUUCUGACCAGUUCAUGGAAUUUCACCCCAUCCAUGGUAUCAAUGUCAGGCUGGAUCACUCAGGAACCCAGGCCACACGGAUAGAGAGCUUUGCCAAUGGAGUUUGUUUUAGUAAACACCCGUUAAAGCCUGGAGAGAUAUUCCUCAUAGAGAUUGAAGAUAAGGAGCUGGGCUGGUGUGGACAUCUCAGAGUCGGCUUGACCGCGAGGGACCCCAAGAGCUUAGAGGUGGUGCCUGAAUAUUCCAUCCCAGACUUGACAGAGCUGGGAGACAGCUGGGUGUUUGCCAUCACCCGCAACCAUAAUAAAAUCAUUGAGGAGGCUGAAGUCCCAGGAGCUGGAGAGGGAGGACUCGCUGGGGGUCACAGGCUUGGGUGGGGAGAAGCAGAAAAUGGAGCUGGAGGUCAGGAAGGCGGUAACAACACGAGGCCAAAGGCUUUCUUCACUGACACUCACUUGUACAUUGACAGUAUUCGAAUCCCCAGGGACAAGCUGGUUGGUCGUAGCCGGCCUGGACGCUACAGUCACAUCUUAGAUGACCUUUAUAAGACCAACACCUUGCCUCCUACAGCUAGACGCAGCAGAAUAGGAGUCCUGUAUGUGCCCAAAGGCCAAAACCUGGCUGAUAUGCACAUCGUAAUCAAUGGCGAGGACAUGGGAGCUUCUGCCAAAGGAAUACCCGCUAGCCAGCCUCUCUAUGCUGUGGUGGAUGUUUUUGCUGCAACAAAGUGUGUUCGGAUUGUCCAGGUGGAGUACGGCUUCUCAUCUUUGCAAACAUUGUGCAGGAAGGCCAUUCAGAAGUAUAUCGUCCACAGGAUGGCAAUUGACUGGCUGGAGUUGCCUGAAGCACUGAAGCACUACUGCAAGUAUGAAUGAAGCAUGUAGAUCUGCAGUGAAAAGGAGCAUCAGCACUUUCCCAAUGUUCUACCC